ACAUCAGGAGGACGGAAGUGGUGUUCAAGCAAGAUGGUAGAAAUGUGAUGAUAUCCACAUGUUAAAGGCUUACAGAAAAUGUAUUAAAGAAGAUCGUUUAUGCAAAACAGACGUAAAGUGUUUAGAUACAUGGGUCAAUUUAUAGCACAGGCGCGGUUUUGAUUGUGUGGCGAACUAUCCAUUGUGUCUAUAGUCGGCACCUGUAAUGUCCAAACCUGUACUAACAUCACUUCAUCAAGCGCUGAGAAAAAGCUUCCAGUGUCUGGAAAACAACCAGAAGGUAUGGGAGAAUGUCUUGGCGGAAUGCAGUCCUCUGAUGGUGUCUCUCGGGAAUCUGGCAGAGCAGUCCACAGCGCUGUCCAACGUCCAGAUCUCCAACACACCGCUCAGAGCCUUUCCUGAUCUGGAGGAGCGGCUACGUUUCAAGCUCUUGCAAGCAACGGAUACAGUAUUGAACAAACUCAGUGAGAAGAUGUCUUCUCUCCAGUCUGUUCGAGACGCCAUCAGUAACCAGGUCUCUGCAGUCUUCCAGCUGUACGAGCAAAGCACAGACAGUCUGGAUCUGCUCACUGUAACUGAGCGUUCAGCCAUUGCCCCGUCAGUCGCUGACAUGCUGGAGUGGCUGCAGGACGCCGAACGACACUAUCGCCAACAAUUUCUGAGGAGGAAAACUCUGCUUCAGACACUGAGAGCAGACAAUCUCUCACUUCUGGAAUCUGCUCCAAAGAGAUGGAAAUCUUUGGAGUCUCCCAGUGCAGAGGACAACAUCACAGAUACACUUUGCAAAGUGUCGUUUUUUAUGGAAUCCCCGUGAAGAGAAAUGACUGAUUUCUGACUUCCAUCUCCAUCAAAAGGCUGGAGGAGACUAAUGGGAUUGUUGAAGGAAUGGGAAUAUGUGUAUAUGCAUACAUGCAUAGUUGUAAAAAGACUGGAUUUUUAUUUAGUCAUAAGGGCUGGAAGAAGAUGCAUUUUUUUCCUGUAAAAAGCACAUUAUUUCAUAGUACCCCAUUUCCAAAAAAGUUAGGAUUCUGUGUAAAUUGGAAAUGUGGUUGUACUUGAAUGUCACUGUGGUCUGGGAUGGUCAGAACAACCAGCACACACAUGGAUAUAAACAGUUGCAAAGUAUAGUUUGUGCACUUUAUCAAACAUGUUUUAUUUCACACUUUUGAUGUAGGUGCAUUGAGUCAAGGCUUUCUGUGACAAAUCGAGAGGUAAUGACCAUCAAAGAAUAGCUGCAAAGAGAUCACUGCAAUCUUCCAUCAUAAAAACCAACAGUCAUACUUUUGUGAACAGUGUUAAAUUCACGAUAUAGAUGAUGGGCUUUCUUCAGGCACUUACUGUAAAUCACGGCAGUAAAAGUCAAAAUUCAAACAAACAUGAAUGUUUUUAAGUAAUGCAGACAGCUCUAACAUUACGAAGAUAUGCAAAAUAUAAGUUGAAUAUAGUAAUAUAUAGAUCUCAACUUGUAGCUUAAAAUUCAGACCCUUAAAAUUUGAGACUGUAAAUUUAGAAAAUAACCUGUCUUCCCCCCUCCCUCCUCCUG